GAGAUGAGACUCCAUCUUCGCGGUGAUGUUGACGUACUAUGAUUCAAUCCCUGCGGCAAGUUGCAUGCAGUGUGUGGUUUUUGUCAUUUGUUGUGAGGUUGUCAAUUCUUCCAUACGGCACCGAUAAGUGGUUACUUUCAUAGGUGGUGGUUAGUUGCGCAGAAAAUUUGCAAGUAAUUCAAAAUGACUUUGGACAUGGAUCUUUUCCGCUCGGAUAAGGGAGGCGAUCCUGAUAAGAUGCGGGACAACCAGAAGAAACGUUUUAAAGAUGUAGGCCUCGUUGAAACGGUUAUAUCCGAAGACGGGAAGUGGCGUCAACUCCGGUUUCAAGCUGAUGCUUUCAAUCGUAUCAAAAAUGUCCUCUCCAAAGCAAUUGGAGAGAAGAUGAAGAAGAAGGAGGAUGUUGGCGAGAGUGAGGUGCCUCCGACAACCCCCGCAUUAGAUCAAUUGACAGCCGAGAUUUUGACGCCAAUGUCUCUUGGCCAGUUGAAAACUUUGAGAGCCAAUUUAGACAAGGCAAUGGAAGAAAAUUCAAAAUCUCUCGUAGAAACUGAGACAGCAAGGAAUGAAGCGUUGAAGGAAGUUGGAAAUUUAUUGCAUUCCUCAGUUCCCGUUGAUGAUAAUGAGGAUAACAAUCGUGUUGAGAGGACUUGGGGAGAUGUCACUGUUAGAAAAAAAUACUCACAUGUUGACCUCAUCGUUAUGAUUGGAGGAGCUGAUCUUGAACGGGGUGCUGUUACUGCUGGUGGUCGCGGAUAUUACUUAACUGGCGCAGCCGUGUACCUUCAGCAAGCUUUGAUCCAACUUGCCACUCGAAUGUUGGGAGAUAAAGAGUAUACACCAUUGGUGACCCCAUAUUUUAUGAGGAAAGAGGUGAUGCAGGAAGUUGCUCAACUGUCUCAAUUUGACGAAGAACUUUACAAGGUCGUCGGAAAAGGUGCUGACGACAAAAGUCUGGAUGAAAAAUAUUUAAUUGCCACUUCCGAACAGCCCAUCGCCGCUUUCCAUCGUGAUGAGUGGAUUGCUGAAUCUGCUUUGCCACUCAAAUAUGCUGGGAUCUCUUCCUGCUUCAGACAAGAAGCUGGGUCACAUGGUCGCGACACGCGUGGAAUUUUCAGAGUUCAUCAGUUUGAUAAGGUGGAACAAUUUGUAAUAACGAGUCCCUUGGAUGACAAAUCUUGGGUAAUGCUGGACGAGAUGAUUGGAAAUGCUGAAGAAUUCUGCAAAGCUCUAGAUCUACCUUAUCAAGUCGUAUGCAUCGUUUCUGGUGCAUUGAAUAAUGCUGCUGCAAAGAAGUGGGACUUGGAGGCCUGGUUUCCAGCAUCAGGUGCCUUCCGAGAACUUGUAUCUGCAUCAAAUUGUUUAGAUUAUCAGAGCCGAAGGCUUCGAAUUCGCUAUGGACAAACCAAAUCUGCUACAACACAGUAUGUCCACAUGCUAAAUGCCACAAUGUGUGCUGUCACCCGAGUUAUUUGCUGUCUUUUGGAGAAUCAUCAAACCGACGACGGAGUAAAAAUCCCUGCAGCGUUAGCACCAUACAUGCCCCAAAAAUACAAGGAGUUCAUUCCAUUUGUUAAGCCGGCACCAAUCGAUCAGGAGCAAACAAAAAAGCAAAAGAAACAAAAGGAUGGCAGUAAUAAUGUUAAGGGAGAAGCUGCAUAAUCUGUCGUACUAAUAAAUAAUAAUGCCUUCUUAACUUUUAAUAAUUUUCAUGAAAUAUCAACCAACCAAUGAAAUGGUGCAUGGAAUUUUUCAUGAUAUUCUGAAAUUUAUGUCUACAUCAAAACUAUCCUGAACUGAAAAUUGAGAAAAUAAAAAGAUUGUUUCGGAUGAAUC